GGACCAUCAUCUCAUUUACCAUUUCUUAUAAUUUUGACAAAGGCAAGUAAAUAGGCAUAUUUUCCAGUGAUUCUGCUAAAAACUCUUGCCGAACCAGAGUAUACGGAUUGUGAACUCACAUUAAAGGGCUGCAGCGGACCCGCAGCGAUGAUGUCCGCGUGCCCACAGACGGAGGGAUGCAGCCACGACGCUGAGCGCGGUAUUCCCUCGCCGCUCGCCGAGGCACUACAGGGCCUGAGCCAUGACGCACUACGCACCAGCAUCUACUUCAGGCAGCCGGACGGCGGCGUGCAGGUGAAGGAGGAGCCGAUCGACGCAUACGAAUUCGUCGACGAUCCGCCGCUGAGCGCGUCUGCCGAGAAUGGCAUGCUGGGAAGGUCACCGCGGAAGCGUGGCCGGCCGAAGGGUUCGGUGAAUAAGCCGAAGAGUGAGACACUGCCUCGCGUGAAGAUAAAACAGGAGCAUGAGAUGGUCAGCAGCAAUGGGCAGGAGCACGCCAUGAUGCAGGUGGCGCCACCGCUCUGCAUUCCGCCGCUGCACCUUGUCAAGCAGGAAGAGGGCGCCAGCAGCGGCGGGCAGAAAAAGAUCACGGAUGCAUUCAAGGUGCGCAAGAAGCGCGACCGCUUCGACGGCAUCCCGGAGUCCGAGAUUGAGAAACGACUACUGCCCGACCACAUCACUGACAACCUCGACAUACUCAUCGGAAGUGCUUGUAUCUGUCGGGACUCAUCCCGGAACCGAUGACAGCGAUGGACGACUACAAGAUGCUGACGUUUGGCAUUGGCUUCACAAACAUUGUCGCUCGCACGUCGCGCGGCAGCGCUGACCUGAAGAGGAAAGAAAUCAAAGAAGGUGGGGAGAUCCUGCUAGAGAAAAUUAAGGCUAUUAAACCAAAGAUUGCUGUAUUUAAUGGCAAAGGUAUAUAUGAAGUAUUCAGCCAAAACAAGCUGGAAUGUUUUGGCAAGCAGCCCAAACCUAUUGAGGGGACCAACACUGUGAUAUAUGUGAUGCCGUCAUCCUCGGCUCGCUGUGCCCAGCUGCCGCGUGCGAUUGACAAGGUGCCCUACUACCUGGCACUGAAGAAACUCAGGGACUACAUGCGCGGCAGCGUCGCUACACUCGAUGACUCGGAGAUUGUCUUCUCCGACGUGAAGCUGAAGAAGUUUGAGAAUGGUGUCAAGGUCAAGGAGGAGGCAGCAGAUGAUGGAUUUGAGGGAGGCAUGAAGAUCAAAGAGGAGGUGCCGGCUGUGAAGCCCACACUCACGAAGGAGGACAAUGCCGGAGAGACUCCAAAGAAGAAGAGGAAGCGGCGGAAAAAGUCAGAGAUUGAGCAAGAGCGAAUCGAGAGGCAGCAGCAGCAGCAGCAGCAGCAAGGUGCGCAAGUCUGUAACAACGGUACCGCCGCAGCCCUGCACCACGGCCUCGCCGUGGCCGACCCCACUGCACCGCUGCACCCGCUGCACACUGCUGCUGCCGCGACGCUACAUGCGCAGGCCGCAGGUGCUGCGGAUGGCCAGCUGGCACGUCUUGGUCCCGCUGAGGCUGAGGACACGUUGCGGGACCUGGGACUGCUCGACCCAGCCGCGUUCCGCAAGCAUGAGGUGCUCAUCCGGCAGCAGGAGAAUCCUGUGCUACAUGCUGCCACCAGCGGCACCACCUGGGGAGACGGUGGGAAGGUGAUCCCCACUGAUAACGAGGGGGCGUCUGCUGGCGCCACCUGGGGAGAGGAGUCAAAGGUAGUCCCGACAGCCGCCGGUGGCACCUGGGGGAAUGAUGUAACGGCAGUUCCUGCCAGCGCCACCUGGGGAGAAGAGGCGAAGGCAGUCUCUGCUGCCAGCGCCACCUGGGGAGAUGAUGCGAAGGCUGCCACCGGCACCACCUGGGGAGAGGAGGGGAAGCACGCUGCAGCGGCAGCGGAGUGGGAUCUGCAUCAGGAUCCAAUUGACAAGGAGCUGCAGGAGAUGAUAGAUCAGCAUCGUGUUGGGGAGGAUGCGCGUGGGGGCGGGGUGGCGGCUGCUGCGGGGUCCCCCCUCAACCCCCCCGCGGGCGGGGGAGGAGCCACCGCAACACCUCUUACCCCACAGCAUCCCGUCACGCCGACGGAGAAGAUGGGGGAGAAGCCCUAUGAUCAUCAUCAGCAGCAGCAUCAUCAGCAUCAUCAUCAGCAGCAGCAGCAGCAGCAGCUCGGAGGAGGCAUCAAGCAGGAGUCGAUGUGGAAUGAUGCAGCGUAUGGCAUCCCCUCUGCUGCCGCUGCCGCCACGCUGGCCUGCCACCAGGGGGUGAGCCCACCGGCGGCCGCGUACGGCAUACACGCCAGCUCCCCCACCGCGCAGCAGCAGCAGCAGCAGGCACCCGUGACACCUGUUGUGGCCCCCGCUCCCUGUCACGGCAGCCCCGCCACCUCUACCUCACACGGCUAUGGCGGCGGCGGCGGGGCGGUGACGAGUCACGCGCCACCAGGGGGCACCACCGACUUUCUCGACCUUGCCUACAGCAGCUUGCCGACGAUCAAGACGGAACCACGCAGCACAUUCCUCGGUCAGUACGACGAGGGCGCCACCGGCGGUGCCGACGCAACCGCCGGCAACUACAGCGGCGGCAAUGGCAGCUACCCAGGGGGCGCCACGACGGCGGCGUUCACGAGUCAGCUGGCGGCGGCGGCGGCACAACGGUCGGUCCUCGCCUCGCCGUUUGCUGCGUCGCGCGGCUACGCACCGCCGACCUACAUCGACCCGCCAAACCCCGGCGCCCCCUACCCAAGCUUCCUUGGUGCCGCCGCGCAGAAAGAUUACGCGGGUGCGCUGAGCCGGCCGCAGGGCAUGAUCGCGCCGCACCAGCCUGCCUACACGCACUCGCCAGCUCCAUUCUACCUGCCGCAGCACCCCGCUGCCAGCCCGCUGCCCGCCGCUGCUGCUGCCGCCGCAUUCGCGCAGCAUCCGUACCACCACCACCACCACGCGGCUGCGGCUGCCGCGGCUGCUGCCGGUUACCACCACGCCAGCACGCCACACCACCCGCACUCAGUGUACCCAUCCACGUACCCGCCGCCGCCGCCGCCGGGCAUGUACGGUGAUGGCGGCGCGAUGACCGCCGGCUACUACCCGGCCGCUCAGAUGCCCGGCAUGGGCUCGGUGAGGGUCAAGCAGGAGCCAGGCAGCUACUUUGGCCACUGCCCGUACUAG